UCUGGUUUUUCCACAAAUGAAUGUUAAAACACAGGCACAGACACACACACCUGCUCAUUCGCACCUGUAGAAGUGAGAAGUGUGGACACACAGACAAACAGACACCAUGGCGAGUGCUGGGGUGCUGCCGAGUGGACUAUCGAUUUGCUGCUCCAUCCCUGAUAUUCUCUUCCUACCUGAACUUGUGUUUGGAGGCUUGGUGUGGAUUUUAGUCGCAUGUACCUACAUCAUUCCCCAUAACCCGCAGGCGUACGUCAUGGCUGUGUCACUAUUCUGUUUCUGCAUCACCUUCAUCUGGAUGGUCAUAUUCCUGUGUGGAGCUCAUAACAACCGAUCCUCCUGGGCUGCUGCUGAUGUGCUGUAUCACAUUUUAGCUGCGAUGCUGUAUCUCAGUGCUUCAGUGUUACUCGCAUGGGUCACCAUCAACUUUGGAAAUGAAUACCAAAAUAAUUCAACAGCGAGAGCACUUAAAGACUACAGACUGGACAUCUCUGCUGUGGUGUUCUCCUACAUAGCCACAGUGCUGUACACCAUACACAUCAUCUUUUCUGGCAUCCGCUGGAAAAUGUUUUAAACGAAUGUUUCAAACAGUCGUGUGUGUGAGUGUGUGUGUGUGUGUGUGUGUGUGAGUGAGUGGGGGGAUAUCAGCCUGUCAGACGUUAGUUACUGUAAUAAUUGUGUAAUAACGUAUUCUCUCUCCUCCUGUACUGGAGAAAGCCGAUUUUCUGGUCUUUACUCUGAGGGUUUAAUGCUGUCACUCUGUAGCUCAGUGUGUGUUUAUAAUCUUUUAAAUGAACAACAUUUCACACGAAGAAGAAAAUAAAUCUUUCAAAACCAGUGUGUCAUUUAUUUCAUAUCUAUUAAAAACUGUUUGUUUAAGUGAGUUGUACCUUGAUAACAUCAUCAGAAUGUGAGAGAUGUUAUCCUGUCCGUUACUGAGUGAGUGUGAAGUGGGAGUCGACCUACAGACUGAGGGAUUUCUGCAGCUCCCAGUUGGAGUAUUACAGGAUUUUAAUAAAAAAUAAACUUUAAUAAAGAUGAAUAAAUCCUC